AACAACUCUAAUCCUUCGGACGCGUUCUUAUUUUGUAGAGCUGACCUAUCUCGCCGUUUUCGGUCCUUUAGGGAUAUUUAGUUUUUAAUUUCUGUAAUUUUAGUUACAUAAAUGUGAAUCACACUUCACAUCAGCAUGCGUGUUGCCUGAUGUUUUGAAUGCGCCAUCACUGGCUGCACAUAAAGGAAAUGUACUCCAUAGUGGAGCUCAAAGGUGUAAAGUUUGGAUAUCGCUGUGGCUACUGUGGAAAUGCAGGGGGUAAAGCUUCAUACGGCAUGUGGUCCCAUACUAUGACCGUGCAGGACUACCAAGAUCUCAUCGACAGAGGCUGGAGAAGAAGUGGCAAAUAUGUGUACAAACCUCUUAUGAAUAAGACAUGCUGCCCACAGUACACCAUCAGGUGCCAUGCUUUGAACUUCCAUCCGUCGAAGACUCACAAAAAGACCUUGAAGAAGGUGAAUCGGUUCCUUUCCAAAGGAGAGAUGCCAGUGGAGAAGCAUGAUGAGGGACGUGAAGGAGAGCCUAUGGAGUCUGUGCAUGAAGAGGGUGUUCAGCCACCUCCUCAAGAUCCUCUGAAAAUAGACCACAGUGACGUACAGGACAUCAGCCCCAGUCCAGACACAGACACCGCCAACUCAGCUGCACCAACAACCCCCAGAGACGACGCAGAGAAAACCACUGCUGUUACACCCAAACCAGGUAAGGGAGCCGAUCCCAACAGGCCUUUGUGUCGGAAAGCUAAGGACCUCAGGAAAGAGAGACGACUUCAGAAGGAGCAACAGAAGCAGCAAGAAGCAGUGUCUUCCUCUGUGAAUCCCUCCCCAGCUAAAUCUUCAUCUAAUCAGCCCAAGUCAUUGGAGGAAUUCAUUACAGAGUCCUUACCCAAUGACCCUCUGCACCGUUUGGAGGUGAGGCUAGUGCCGGUCAGCUUUGAGGACCCGGACUUCCUGGCGUCGUAUGAGCAGUCAGCAGCGCUGUAUGCAUGCUACCAGAUGACCGUUCACGGUGACGCUCCGUACGAGUGCGGGGAGAGCCAGUUCAAGAGGUUCCUUUGUGACUCUCCUUUAGAGGCUGAGAUGGCUCCUGAUGGUCCUGAUGUGGGCUACGGCUCGUUCCAUCAGCAGUAUUGGUUGGAUGGCAGAAUAGUAGCCGUAGGAGUUCUGGACAUCCUGCCCUUCUGUGUGUCGUCUGUGUACCUCUACUAUCACCCCGACUUCUCCUCGCUCUCACUGGGCACCUACUCUGCUCUCAGGGAGAUUGCCUUCACCAGGCAGUUGCAGCAGCAGUCGCCCAAACUUUCCUUCUACUAUCUGGGUUUCUACGUCCAUUCGUGUCCUAAGAUGCGUUAUAAGGGUCAGUACCGGCCUUCAGACCUCCUGUGCCCUGAAUCCUACACCUGGGUGCCCAUCGAGAGAUGCAUUCCUCGCCUUGAUAUCUCUGCUUACUCUCGUCUCAAUGAGAACGCCCGAGCAGGUGACGCUCAUGCGCUGAAGAAACUGGGCAGGGUGUUAGUGCUCCACAGGAGGACAGUGAUGCCCUAUGCAGCCUACGCCCGUAAGAGGAAGGGUUCGAACGACGAGAAGGAAGUGGAGCAGUACGCUAGUCUGGUGGGCCAGACGUGUGCAGAGAGAAUCCUGCUCUACAGAGCUUAGAGCCCCUUCAUAUCUUACAACCAUCCAUCUGUCUCUCUUUCCUCUGGUACACUUGUCUGAUUAUUGUCUUCCUGAUUGUUUAUUUGUCUGCCAGAAGUCUUUUCCACAUCUGUGUGUACAGUUUUGUUCUUUUUUUGUACUGCUGUGCAUUGCUUUACUCACCCAGUCUUUCGUAAUCACUUUGAACUCUUUUAUAUUUUCUGGCCAGCAGC